UAAUUCCUUCUGUGAUUUAUCGCGAUCCGCCGGGAGAGAUCCGAUCCAAAGUGCUAUCGGUACGAAUGGGAACAUUUUAAUCCCGUCCACGCAAGAACGCCAUUCUCUUUUUUUAUCACACCUGUUUAAUUAAUUGUUCCAACGGCGCGAUAAUCGUCUUACCGUGGAUUAACAAGUCCGGCAUCCAUCACGGCAUUAAAACUCUCGUUCCAUUAUCAUCGUGGACGAUCCGCGCGUCGCAUCUUCGAGUUGAGAGCAAACUGCUACCAGAUAUGAGGAACGUUAUUCUCUUCGCGAUCGCCGUCUCUAUCGCGAGCUGUGCUGAUGGCAGAGUUUAUUAUGUGGAGAAUUUGGACGGUGGACGAAAUAAUGAUGCGAUCUAUCCGAUCGUGGAACAGCAAGCUUCUCGCGAUCUGGACCUGGCUUUCUCCGCGGGAGAUACGGUCGAGAACGAGAAUGUCGUAUCUCCAACCAGAAAGGUGUACACUUUGAGCGCACCGGAAAAACCGUACAUCGAGUCAAAUAGAGAUGCAAAUCGACCAAUCGCGUAUUACAGAUUAACCGGGCCCGCUCCGAUCAGAAGAGGCAACUCCGACGAUGUCAUUCUCGUUCCGCAAGGAGCUCGGAAAUUGAUGAAGUUGAACGGCAACAAUAAGGGCGAAGUGAUCUUGGAGCUUCGCGUUAUUGCUAAUCACGAUAGUACAUGACUCGCGCGU